GUUUAGCAAGCCAACCCUUUUGCCUUAACAUCACAUACUCACUGCUUGCAAAUCGACUCUCCCUACAUCAGACGGCGCCUGCCUGCCGAUUGUUGUUCACAGAUCGAAAGGUUUUCUGGAUGCUCCUUACUCAGAGCAGUCAGAGUUGUUCCUGUCCAAUCCCUACACGUGUCUGGAGCAACACUGAGAGCACUGACUGGUGGGAACGUGUGGUCAUGCGUGAGUUCCAGCCUGCUGAUUGGUUGGAGAAGUUCCGUAUGAGCAAGGAAACUUUUUUCUUCUUGUGUGGCAAGCUGAAACUGCGGUUGACCCGGCAGGACACCCGUCUGCGGCCUGCAUUGCCCUUGGAGAAGCGUGUGGCUGUGGCUCUUUGGCGCCUGGCCACCAAUGUUGAGUACCGCACCAUCAGUGAGCUGUUUGGGGUGGGCCGCUCCACGGUCUGCAAGUGUGUCAGGGAGGUCUGUCACGCCAUCGUGGUGCUGCUCAAGCCUCUGUACCUGUGCACACCCAGUGAGCAGGAGCUUGAGGACGCCGCAAAGCUCUUCCAGACACGCUGGGGCUUUCCACACUGCGUGGGGGUCCUGGGCAGCCUCCACGUGCCCAUCAUCGCCCCCUCCAGCAACACGGACAGCUACUGGAACUCACAGGGCUGGCUGUCUGUGGUCAUGCAAGCUGCCGUCAACGGCCUCGGGCACUUCUGGGACGUCUGCGCAGGUUUUCCUGGCAGCACGGAGCACGCGGCCAUCCUGCAGAACUCCACCCUCUGGGCGCAGGCCUGUGAAGGUGGCCUUGCGCCGAGCCCUCCCAGGAGCUUCAUGGGACGGCCCCUCGGUUACCUGAUGCUGGGGGAUGCUGGGUACCCCUUGCGGAGCUGGUUGCUCAAAUGCUACCCGGAGCGGCCGCAGAUCACUGCCAGCCAGCAGACAUUCAACCGGAGGCUCCUGCGUGCACACAGUGUCCUCGAUGUGGCACUGUUGCGCUUGCGAGCACGCUGGCAGUGCCUCCAUAAGCGCAAUGACUGUGGGCUAGAUGUGGUGCCCACCAUGGUGCUGGCCUGUUGCAUCCUGCACAACAUCUGCGAGGUGCACGGGGAUACGUUUGUGGAGGAUUGGGUAGACGUGGUGAGGCAUGGGGAGUGUCCUCAGCCCACAGACACACUGUCCCCCUCUGUCGGGGAGGAUGAAGUAGAGGAGGUGCGGGGACUCUACUGUGAGUACUUUCAGCAGCAGGAGCAAGAACAUUCCCAGCCAGUCUAAGGAUUCCAUUUCCAUCAACAGAACAGCAGGCCAGUCCGUAAGAGAGCUUGAGGGAAGAAAAAUGUCCCAGUAUUUCAGUUGAAGACAUCUGAUCAUACUCAGUAUCACCAAAUGCAACUGAAUUUUUCACUCCAUUGACAUAUUGCUUGUGUCUUGAACUGUAGGCCUAUGCUCAGCACAAGUGUCUGCUCUGUGUGUGCACUGCAAUCCAAGAAACGUGCUGAGUUCACACACAGUUCUGCAUGGGGUGCUGAAUGUGAUGAAUACCCCUACAUCUUUACUUCUAAGAGACCCUGCCUCUCUGGGAUGCUCUUUUUCAAUCAUGUGGCCAGUUACCCUAAUUAGUUGUGAAACAUUCCUCCUAAGUA